AAAGGUGUUUGAUACCUCAAGGCCUUAUUACAUUUCCCCCAAACAUCAUGUGCUGCAGCCUCUGCUAUACCACAACACAGAUUUUGGUAUAGGGAAGGUGGUUAUUUAGACCACUAUUUCCUGGCUAUAUUAUAUACCCAAGUAAAUAAAACAAUCUUCGAUAUCAUCAACUUUCUCCAAGUGAAUAAACAAAGCCCACAACAAACAUGGCGAAGUUUGCUACCAUUAAAACAUAUGACCUCUCUAGCACCGCCCACUGACUUGUGGAGAAGGCUGGUGAGCUGACGUAGGAAGGGGGAGACUCCUGGCAAAACAACCCGCGUUAAGCAGCUGAUCCGGCAAUCAAUCUGAUCAUACCGAGAGCGCAACAGAGAAAGAAGAAGCGAAGUGCUAUAAAGAGAAGGGUCGGUGGAGACUGAAGGAUGGCGGAGGGAUCCGAUAUGGUUUCUUCCUACUCCGAAAGAGGGCUCAUAGGUGCCCUAAGAGCAGCCGUCUGGUCUUUUGUGUACGUACCAGGGGGACAGCCUGAAAGAGAGUCAGGGUGGCUUUCCAGUUGGCUUCCCGCCUGGUGCCCUACAUCAAUACCUCAUCUCAAAGAAGCAGAAGAGAAAAUGCUGAAGAGUAUAACGCGUACUUACAGUAAAGAACACAUACUUAUAUCUGGUGGAAAUAAGGUAUGGACCUUGGCAUUUAAACAACCAUUAUCAAAUAAAACCCCACUUGUUCUGCUACAUGGAUUUGGUGGAGGGGUUGGACUGUGGGUGCUCAACUUUGAAAACAUUUGCCAAGACAGGACAGUUUAUGCAUGUGACAUCUUGGGAUUUGGACGCAGUAGUAGGCCACACUUUCAAGGAGAUGCAGAGAAAGCUGAGGAACAGUUUGUACAGUCGAUCGAAGAGUGGAGGAAGGAAUUAGGUCUGGAGAAAAUGAUUUUUCUUGGACAUAAUCUUGGUGCAUUUUUGGCCUCUGCUUAUUCUUUAAAGUAUCCUUCACGGGUGAAAAGUCUUAUUUUAGUGGAGCCAUGGGGAUUCCCGGACAGACCUGAUAAUGCAGAUGAAGGAAGACCAAUUCCGAUCUGGAUUAAAGCAGUAGGUGCUAUGCUGAGUCCAUUUAAUCCACUAGCAGGGCUUCGUCUAGCUGGACCUUUAGGUUUAAGCCUUGUCCAGCGUUUGCGACCAGAUUUCAAGAAAAAGUAUUCCUCAAUGUUUGAUGAUGAUACAGUAACAGAAUAUAUCUACCACUGUAAUGCACAGUCACCUAGUGGUGAGACAGCUUUCAGGAAUAUGACCGUUCCAUAUGGUUGGGCACAAAGACCAAUGCUGCAGCGUAUUGAUAAAAUGCACCUAGACAUUCCAAUCACCGUGAUUUAUGGUGCACGAUCUUGCAUUGAUGGCAAUUCUGGAAGCACCAUACAGUCACUGCGGCCAAACUCCUAUGUGAAGACUAUUGCAAUCCGUGGUGCAGGCCAUUAUGUAUUUGCUGAUCAGCCCGAAGAUUUUAACCAAAAAGUAACAGAGAUAUGUGAUUCUGUGGACUGAUUUCUUUGUAUGUGAUGCAAAAGAACUGCACUCUUGGAGCUUCCUUCAUGCAAGCACUGCACCUUCCUAUUGCCAGCAGGACUGAAACAACAGAAUGCAAAGAGAGCAUGGCAUUGCUCUGUCUACUGAAUCGUUGGUGCUUCAUCCUUUCAAAGACAUUUGCACACUUGAACCGGAAUUUGUGCCUUUUGUAGCAUUUCUAGCAUUGUACAGAUUUGCAAACAUUUAUAUUUAUAAUGUACAAUUUCAGAGAGCUAUAUCUACUUUUGUGAUAAGCAUAUAUAUAUUUACAGAAUAAUAUCAUAGUUGUUUAUAUAUUAACCGAAACAUAUACCCUAAGCUGGCAUGUUCCAAGGACUUUUUAUGCCUUUUUAGGGACUGAUAUCUUACUCCACAUAUGUUGUGACACUGUGACUACUGAAUAACCUAUAUGUCACUUUUUGUA